CUCAGUAUAAUCGAAUCCGCCCACUGCCAGCUUUCUGUCAAAGUUGAGGGGGAACAUCAAAUUCAAGAUGCUGGCACUCAUAAACCGGCUUUUGGACUGGUUUGAGUCCCUCUUUUGGAAAGAGGAGAUGGAGUUGACCCUGGUUGGACUUCAAUACUCGGGGAAAACCACAUUUGUUAAUGUGAUAGCUGUAAGUUUUUAUUGUGCUAGCGCGCAAACGUUAGCUUGCUAGCUACGUUAGCACUAGCUAGCGAUAUCAGCAAUAUCGAUGUAGCUAGCUACUAGUAUCUUAAAGUUAGCCACCGUUAACGUACAAUUAAACAUAGCUAGCUAAUUAGCAUACCUUACUUAAAGUGUACUAGUUUGUUAGGUCAGCUAGCUAUAGCCGGUAACUAGCUAGUUAGCUAACGUUAUAUACAUGUUAUGUUGAUAUUUGUGUGGUUUGAUGGCAAUUAGAAGCAGAAGACUAAGUUAGUCAGUUAACCAUUAUAUUGGAAUUUGGCUACAGUACAGAUCAUAUUUUGCUCCCUAGACUAGGUUUCUUUCUAAAACAUCUGGAUUAGCUAGCUAGCCACGUUAGCUGUUAACUUUCAUUUUUGCAACUUGGCUAGCUAGUUGGCUAGCCGGUAUCUUCCCAGAUAGUAGGCCCAAUUAUUGGUCAUCAAUCAACUCGCUGGUAAUCACAGACUGUCAAGUGUUAUGCCGCGUUCAAAACAACUGAGAACUUGGAAAAAUAGGAGGUCAAAUCAUAACGUCAGUGAUCUUCAGGUCGGAACUCCAGAAAGUGGCCCGAGUUUCCGAGAUGAAUGACCGUUCAAAUUUAUUUUCCCCAGUCGGAGCUCUUUUUUUCCUGAGUCCCAGUUGUUUUGAACGUUCGGAAGUCGGAGAUUUCCGACUUCCCAGUUGUUUUGAACUACAGUAGAUUUCAGAUUAUGAUGGUUAUAGUUGUGGCAUCAUUGAACAGAGCUCGAUUUUACAUUGAUGUGAUGUACAUCGUGGAGUUGAGAAACUCGGCUACAUUGAACAUGUAGUGCACACCACAGGGCUCUGGCUAUAUUGGUUUGAUGUCACACGCCUCUGAGGCUGUAUCUUUUUAGUUUAUCAUCUGAUGUAGCUAUUAAAAAUGUCACAGUCAGACCAUUAUUACUGUUCCAGCUGGCUGAUAGGCGUUAUUAGGUAGGUCAUCUUAAACGUAGCACAGAUAAUUUUUGUCCAACCAUUACUUGGCGAUAAUUCCGAUUUGGAAUUCCACAUUAGGCUUGGGCGGUAUCCAGAUUGUCAUACCGACCUUGUGCCAUCCCUGGAUAUAUACCAGCAUUGAGCCUCUGUAAUCCGAAAUUUAAAAUCCCAUAGUGAAUGCUAGGUAACGAGCUCAUUGCGAAUUUUAUAAAGUCUUUGACAAACUAUUUGCAGGACAGACAUGCCAGCUCAUAAAGUUGUACAAGUAACAAAAAAAUACUACUCCGUUUGCUGCACGCACAAAACAAACAUUAGACAGCAAGGCUCUUGAUCCAGGAUGGGAUUCUCUGCUGUUACCAAAAUAAGCUUGAUUUUGCAAGAAGCUAACCAGUUAGCUAGAUAAUUAGCUACUAAAUUAGCAAACCAACUUUUUAGACGGUUAACUUAAUAGUUAUGAUAUCUAGGUGGGAAAUAUUUAGUUGUGAAUUCCAUACUGUAACUAGAUCACCUGGUGCGUGCUGUCUCUCGUCGUUGUGCUUGUAAACAAACACCAUGUAACUGGGGAUUACCGGUAAAUUUAAUAAUAAAAAAUUAUGUGACUGGUGAAAUGAAGAACGCAAUCUGCUUUAUAUCCUAACGUAUUGCACAAGUUCACUGCAGGUAUUUACUUAAAAAGUAGCUUCAAAUGUAUACUUUUUUUCUUCUCAAAUAAAUAGUUAACAUUAUUGAAAAAAACGAAUGCUCUGUUAUUAAAUAAAACAUGUUACUCUAUGAAGUAGUCCAACUGUGUACGCUGCCAUCUUGUCUAUUUAAAAUGUUCUCAUUGAUCGAGACAGUUGAGCGUCAUCAUGACAUGCAGCACUUUGGGGUGGACACCAACCUGUCUCAAUCAAUGAGAAUAUUUUAAAUAGAAAAUUCUCUGUGCUACGCUUAACAUUACCUACCUAUUUUAUUUAUUUAUAAAAGCCUAUUCCUUCAAGGUAUUGUGUGUAGAUUGAUUAGGGGAUUAUUAUUAUUUUUAAAUACAUUUUAGAAUAAGACUGUAAUGUAACAACAUUUUGAAAAAGUCAAGGGGUCUGAAUGCACUGUAUCUUAUUUAUCACAUGCACACCGAUACCGAGCCUUAGAGCAGAAAAUCUGUCAGACAGCGCUUUUAUAAGACCAAUCAUUGAGCAACAAUUCUAAAUGCAAUCGUGUGUUAAAAAUAGUUUUUUUGGCCACGAUUAAAAUAGCUGAUAUUUUUUUUCUAAGCUUUCCCUUAGUAAAUAUAAUUAAAUUGCCAAAAUUAUAUAGCCUAAUUAGCCUACUCCUGUCUAUACAGAAAUAAAUAAAAUAAUUCAAAAUAGGCAUAAUUUAGCUUCCCCUAGCCUUAAAAAAUAUAAAAAAAUAUUAAAAAUAGAUGUGGAAUGUUUUAAAUCGCAUUGCCUACAGUCAGAAGGAAAGGCAGUGUGAGCAAUUUGGGAAGCACAUGCUGCAAAUAACAAAUAUAUGAUUUUUGAGUUGCAACUGUCAGUGAAAAGUAGAGGCCCAGCCAGGCAUAUCGUAAUAUUUCAAAAUUAAAUAGCUGGAAAACAGUUUGGAAAGCAAAUGGCUAUUGCUGUAAAAAGAAGACAAAAAGGCAGAUGAGUCUUUUCAUUAUCAAAAUUAUCAACUUAAUUGAGCGAACAACAAGUAGGCUUGUAGCCUAUCAAUUUUGGCACUAGCGGAGAGCAUUGGCCAUAUCCCUGGUGAAUGCGCACUGCGCAUAUUCACUCUUUAUCAUUGUUGGGCAGGGCCUAAAAUGAACACCUGCCAAAUGCGGGUAGAUUUUGGCAUUGACGGAUAAAGGCAUCCGCAUACUUCCCAGCCGAAACAGUUCGGAAGAGGUUGUGCAUAUAGUAUGACAUCAUUUUGAGACGUUUUUGUUCAUUUUGGACUUCGGUAAGGGUUUUUCAGGCUGUUCCAGCACACCAUUUUAAUUUUCUGGAGGCAAGCUGAAGUCUACGCCCCUUCAACGGUGAUUGGUCAACAGUAGGGAUUCUUCAAUAAGUCUUUGUCAUUCAAUGAGAGACAACUGGUUUUCAUGCAAUUUUUUUCAUUGAGAAAUACUGCACCAAACAUCAUUGUUAGAUGUAAGACUAUGGUCUCCUCAGCAAAAACAAAUGAAAGACAGAUUUGUUGAGUUAUCUUCGAUUAAUUCAGACUAUUUUGAGGAAGCGUAUACUGGCUACGGCGUCUCAAAAUGGACAAACGGUACUAUUGUUAUUUCUCAUUUCAAGCGAAGGUCUUUUAAGGAAGUAUGCGAGCACCAGCCGAACUGAAGCAUGUUGACGCCUUAAGAUGUCUAUUUCACCAGCCACAUUGGCAGGUGGUCAGAGCUCGAAAGUGCGAGCAUUUCACUUGCAUUUGUCAAUUAAAAUAGUCAAGUAUGAUCACAUUUAUAGUAAAGUAAAUGCUGCAGUAGCUGUUUUCAAAGUAUUUCUGCCGCUUUGUUUCAUAGCUUGUAAAUUAAAUCGCACAAUGUCAAAGAACUACGAAUCCUAUAGCCUAUUCCACCUCGCGCUGCAACACUGCCUGGCUGGGGGCUGUGCGCACGUGAAGUGCUGAGUGAAAUAUUCAUUUUUAGAAGCGCUGUGCACAGGUAUAAAAGUUGGUCUAAUUUACUUGAUACGAAAGUCUACUGAAGUGAGACUUUGUCCUUGUGUUUCUUGGCUGUUUACAUUUUGUUCACAAGCUAGGUUUUUUGGGGGUAUUUUAUUAGGAUCCACAUUAGCUGUUGCAAAAGCAGCAGCUACUCUUCCUGGGGUCCACACAAGGUUGUUUUUCUAUGUUUGAGUUUCAACUGCUAGGGAAGAGAAGACAAUGCUUCUACUAGUCAUACUCAAUCUCACAGGCAGAAACAUUACAAAGGAUGCUGAUCUGUUCUUUUGUGUGUUGGUGUAAUUGUAGCAGAAAAAAUAUAUUGGCUGGUAAGAAAUCCGAGUGAUUGGUAGAUUUUUUAAAUCUUCCUGCCACAGGGGCUGGUGGACCAAAAAGUAAAUUGUGUGCCCUGUUGUUGGGUCCGUGCCACUUAAAAGUUUGUUUUUGGGCAACUUCUUACACUAUACACACUCAGCCAUGCAUUGAACAGUCUUUUUUGCCAACAGUGAUUGAGUUUUAUAUUAGCCAAAAUGUACAAUCUACUCAUCACAUUAUGAAUAGUAGGCUAUCUUACAUAAGUCUGCAAAUGCAUGAUGGAUGGAAUGCUUUAUUAUAAAGGUGCAUUUUUAUGGUGAAAAUGUGCUUCCCCAAACAUGAAACUCACGCUCCGCCUAUGCAUAGGCUAGUGAUUUUGCUGUUCAUUACUCGUCUUGUUGGCUGAGGAAAAGUAAAUGUGGACAGUUAUUCUAACAUCUUCAAAGUGCGCGUUAAGGACAGAAGUCAUUGCAUCCUCGAUUUACAUGUUCUGUUAAGAUUAAUGACCAUAAUCUAUAUGUGAUUUCUGUCAUUCUGAGCACCGUGGGUGGACGCCCUAAUCAGGUUACGUACCCAAUGCAUAUGGGUCCGGUACAUUUCUCAAAUGUCUGGUAAAUUAAAAUGCUGCCGGUCAAAUGUCUGGCGCCACAUUUUCAUAACGGAAACCCUGCUACACACAAUACCCCAUAAUGACAGUGAAAACAUAUUUUGACAUUUUUGCAAAUGUAUUGAACAUGAAGUACAGAAAUCUCUAUGACACUCCAAAUUGAGCUCAGGUGUAUCCAAUUUCCUUUGACCCUUUGUAGAACGCUUGUGGAAAGCCAGCAUCGUUUUCACCAACAUGUUGACCAUGCAGACUGCAGCGUGAAUGGCAAGAAAGUGUUUGUGACUCCAUCAUCGAGCAACAGCUCUCUUCUUGAGUGACGGUGCAGGGUUUAGUGUGGGAAGCGGCAUGCAGCAGGAGGAGAGGGAGAAAGACGACUGAAGUAGCAAACAAAGUGAACUAUAAAAACGAACAUUACACCUGCCUGAGUUGCGUAUCACAUUUAAUAAACCAAACAUUCAAAUACCGUUAUAGAAGGUAAAGUAACCGGUCCAUGCAUCAAUACCGGUAUAUAGUAAAAAAACAGUAUACCGCCCAGCCCUAUGUGAAAGUCCUUGAGUGGCCCAGCCAAUGCCCAGACUUAAAUCCCAUUGAACAUUUGUGGAAAGACUUGAAGAUUGCUGUUCACCGCCACUCCCCAUCUAACUUAACAGAGCUUGAGAAAAUCUACAAGGAAGAUUGGGAGAAAAUCCCCAAAUCCAGAUGUGCAAAGCUGAUACAGACAUACCCAAGAUGACUCAAAGCUGUAAUCGCCGCCAAAGGUGCGUCUACAAAGUUUUGGCACAGGGGUGUGAAGACUUACGUAAAUGAGAUUUCUGAUUUCUAUUUAAUCCAUUUUGAAUUCAGGCUGUAACACAACAAAUGUAGAAUAAGUCAAGGGGUAUGAAUACUUUCUGAACAUGGACAGGUAUAACUGGGUUCAGGAAGCAAGGCUAUGGUCCAGAGUUGGAGGGCUCCCCCUACUGCCACAUUGUCAUUGUCUUUGCUCCCUUUGACUCAACUGUCUUUUCACCAGUUGUGUUGGUAAAACAAGCAGGCCAGGGUCUCUUACGCAAUCACUAGUGUUACAAGUAGGAUUUCUCAAAAGCAGAAAAUUGUGAUCCUUUGUCCUGAUUCUUUGGAAAUCGUGAUCCUUUCUUCUUGUCAAAGCAGAAGUUUGGAUGUGCAAGAUCAAAGACCGAAAGAAGCUAGCUGAUCAAAAGAUUGUGAAAGGCAGUUGUAGGUCCAAUAGAACAGUUCCAACAGAACAGAAUGAACUUGAUGACCUAUGCCAUGCUCUGACUCCCUUCAGCAGCAUGCUUGCCUCAACACCAAGGCAGUCUGCUUUUUACUGUCAUAGCUAACAAUAAAGAUGUAUGAGAAAUUGAUCACGAUUUGAUACUUAAAGCUUCCAUGUAGCCAAUAAUUCCAGGUAUUUCUUUAUAGGAUGUAGAAAGAGUAGGGUUAGUGUACAUAUUAAGCACACCAACAUCAAAGUUUAGACAUUUCUAACAUAUGCAGCCCUAAUUUUCAUUUAAAAAAGUGGAGAUACAAUGAAAGAUUAAUAUGACUUUACUUACACCAUUUCUUUAGGUGAGAUAAAAAUAAUUGAGUUAAUGGGUACCGAAUGUAUCCUUUAAGCCCAUGGGGGUUCCAAAUAAGCCCACCUCUUAAAUAAGCAAUUUUAAUGUAUUUCCACAUUUUAAAUGAAAAACAGACAGUUCUUAUGUAAGCUUAAAUUAUAAUUAUGUCCCCUAAAGUUAUUAAAAUCAGUUGAUCAUUACUAUUCAUCAUGGAAGUAGCAUUCAUAACAGGGGGUGUCCAAUCGUAUCCGCAGAGAUCAAUUUGGGGCCAGGAUUUUGUUCUGGCCAACCAGUACAUACCUUAUUAAACUAAUCAUAGACUUCAAUAAAGAGUUGAUUAGUUGAAUCAGGUUUGUUACUGCUUGGUUAGAACAAAAACCUACACCCGCAACGGUCCUCUGUGGAUAAGACGCCAUGCACAAAGACCAUAACACAAACAACUUUUAAUGAAUUAUCUGAAAGCUGGUUCACAUUUGCUGUACUCCUAUUCUUGUUAAUUAUACUGAACAAAAAUAUAAACGCAACAAUUUACGAUUUUACUGAGUUACAGUUCAUAUAAGGAAAUCAGUCAAUUGAAAUAAAUCAUUAGGCCCUAAUCUAUUGAUUUCACAUGACUGGCCAGGGGCGCAGCCAUGAGUGGGCCUGGGAGGGCAUAGGCCCACCCACUUGGGAGCAAGGCCCAGCCGAUCAGAAUUUUUCCCCAAAAAAGGGCUUUAUUACAGACAGAAAUAAUCCUUAGUUUCAUCAGCUGUCUCAGAUGAUCCCGCAGGAGAAGAAGCCUGAUGUGGAGGUCCUGGGCUGGUGUGGUUACACAGGGCCUGCGGUUGUGAGGCCGGUUGGACAUAAUACCAAAUUCUCAAAAAUUACGUUGGAGGUGGCUUAUGGUAGAGAAAUGAACAUUCAAUUCUUUGGCAACAGCUCUGGUGGACAUUCCUGCAGUCAGCAUGCCAAAUGCACGCUCCCUCAACUUGAGACAUCUGUGGCAUUGUCCUGUUUGACAAAACUGCACAUUUUAGAGUGGCCUUCUAUUGUCACCAGCAUAAGGUGCACCUGUGUAAUAACCAUGCUGUUUAAUCAGCUUCUUGAUAUGCCACACCUGUCAGGUGGAUGGAUUAUCUUGGCAAAGGAGAAAUUCUCACUAAUAGGGACGUAAACAAAUUUCGUGCGCAAAAUUUGAGAGAAAUAAGCUUGGGAUCUUAUUUCAGCUCAUGAAACAUGGGACCAACACUUUACAUGUUGCGUUUAUAUUUUGGUUCAGUAUAGUUCAACUUGUCUUCCUAAAGCCUGUCUGAAGACGGUUUUAAAUGUCCCUUUCUACUGUUGUAUUACAAAGGUACAUGUGGUGGAGCAAAAAUGUGAAACACCUGGAUGAAUGAGGGACAACAAUAUGACAAUGUCCUGGCCCUAACUGCAUGAUUAGUCAUUUUCUUGUCUCUCAUUUGUAAAAACAAAAAUGGACCACUACUCGUAGGUCUUCUAUCCCAGAUAUCCUUCAACCCUGAUCAUGUUCUUCUCUCUCUGCAUCAACGACUACCUGUCCACUCCAAACAUCUUGGAGAGAGUACAGAGGCUUUUCAUUCUUAAUUGUUUUUAAUCUUUGUAAAGGAACCAUGGAUAGAUGCAUGAUAUGCAUAACUGUAGUUUUUGAGUAUUUUAAUCAACUUAAAUCUGAAGAAAUGCUCAGAUGUAUUGAAUAUUACAGAUAUCAACACACAAUCCCCAUGUUUCAAUGCAUACUGGGCUUAAUUGGAACAGCAAUGAUUUAUGGUAAAAAAGAAAUGAGUACCGGUAAAAAAGUUUCCUCAAUAUUUGGAAACCAAUGGUCUGGGGUGUAAAUAUACACUAUAUAGUAAUUUACAAUAUUAUGCAAAGUUAGUGUUGAUAAUAUUGAACAAUAUUAAUUUAUUUACAUUCUGUAUAGAGAGGGUGCUUUUUGUGCUACUGUUCCUUUUAAGCCCACCUGAGAGAAAUGUAACAUUUACAAAAAAGGCAUCUAUGUAUAACAAAGCAAGGUUCAUUUAACAGUAAAAUAAGACAAAUUGCAUUAAAUGUUAGCUGUGAGUGCUUGAGAUCUAUUAUAUUGUUGUGGUUCACCAAGUUAUACUGCCACUGUAUUGACUGACGUGGUGCAACUGUAGCAUGAAUAACCCAUAUUUUCAGAUGGCAAGAAAUAGCACACUACAUGGGUAUUAACUACUAUCAUGUGCAUAUCAACACAUGAAUCUCUUAAUUUUACAUUAAGUAUGAUCACUUAUCUGAGAAGGUACUACAAAUAUCUGAAAAAUUUGUUUCUGAGUCGCCCCCAUACAAGUAUUUUUUGCAGCUUUGAAAUUGGCCACUAGUAGGAACUUACACAACUGUCAAUAACUUAAUAAUAAAACAUCUGAUUGGCUUAGAAUAAAAACUGGUAUGGAUACAACAACUACAUGAACUGGUUAAAACAUGAAAUAGCAGAAAAGGUUUAUUUUUGUCUUUUUUCUUUGAAUCCCAAAAUGGAAGUAGGUUUAAUGGGUACAUGGGCUUAAUAGGUACACCUAACUCUUCUGUCAGUGCUGUAGUGAAAGAGAUACUUGCCAUUGAUGGGGAAGUGCCCAUGUGGUUGGUUGUAAUCUGUUUGAGUGAGUAAAAAGGAGUAGGAUGUGGGUGGUGUUUCCAGCCAGGCUUCAGUCAUGAGACUUUGCACUCACUUCCACUUAGCCCUGGUCCAGUGACUUAGUCAUGUGCUGUUACAUACUGUAUAUGCGCCAGACAAAGCAAAGGUCUUUGUCUUGCUAAAAUACUGUUUGGAUUACACAAAAGGGUAAGAGAGCAGACAUCAGAAUGACAUAUUUCUUUUCUUCUGUCUGAUCGUCAAGAGUGUAGCCUAUUAUUUAGGGUUGACUAAAAAUACACUAUUUUCAAAACAUUUCAGUGAUCUUAGAAUAUAGAAGAUUGGGUCCUCUGAAACUUGUCUGCAUGCCAAACAUAUUUCCUCUAGAGCCCUCAAAGUCAACUCUGGACCUUCGAAGCCAGUUCCACUGCUUUUUUUGGGUGCAAUUAAUGUUCAGGUAGAACAGCAGGCUCCGGACCUCGUAGGGUAGAGUUAAAUACCCCUGCUGUAGAUCAGGGUUUCCCAAAUUCAGUCCCGCCCCCCCAAAACGUGCACCCAGGGUGGGCCCCAGGACUGAGUUAGGGAAACCCUGAUCUAGUCUGUGACCUUCACACGCCUUUAGGCUUAAUGACACUUGUGAAACUACCAUAAACCUUUUGCACAUGAAUAUCUUUUUUUAAACGGAAUAACAGGAAAUGUGCAAAACUAGUAAACCACAAUGAGGCCUAGGUUUAUGUCUGACAUUAUUAGUUAGUAUAGUGGCAAUUCCAGAUGACAUCACAAACAAUUUGACCUUCUAUGUUUGUUUAUGCCAGCUCAGCUUGUACAACUCAAAAUUGAUCAAUGGCCUGCUGUCUUCUUUUUCAGUCUGGGCAAUUUAGUGAAGACAUGAUCCCAACAGUCGGAUUCAACAUGAGGAAGGUCACAAAAGGCAACGUUACCAUCAAGGUAGGUCUUCAGUCACAACAGUGUAUAGGUUACUGUAAUGUUCCACAGUGACAAUCUAUACCGACUGCAUGAGAAAAUGAAAUGAAAAUACCUAGGCUAAUUUUUGUUCCUCUGGUUUUCCAGAUCUGGGAUAUAGGAGGGCAGCCGAGGUUCAGGAGCAUGUGGGAACGCUACUGUCGUGGAGUUAACGCAAUUGUGUGAGUAUCUGAGUUUGGCCAUUCCUGUCAGUCUGCAUUGGUACAAUUGAAAUGCAGGAAGAGGACAGAAAUGCUGAAGAUUGAUUGUUCUGUUAGGGUUAGUUCAGUGGAUACCGGUCAGUGUUCGAACAUUGUGAUGGGCAUGUUUUGAACACUUCCAUUCCUUUACAGUAUGCACACCACUUGCUCUUUUAGAUUUUUGAUGCGAUUUGUAAACUUGUUGUGACCUGUUAAUUUUUUUUUUUUUUUUAGAUAUAUGGUGGACGCAGCAGACCAUGAGAAGGUGGAAGCUUCCAGAAAUGAGCUGCACAAUUUGUUAGACAAGCCUCCGUUGCAAGGAAUUCCUGUAAGUAGGUCUACACUUACGGAACUGUUAGGAACACAUGUAAAUGAGGGAGUUUCUUUAUAUGAUCAGUCAGCAGACAUUUCUGCCACACAAUAUCUAAACUGUUGUGCUUUUUAGGUUUUGGUGCUUGGCAACAAAAGAGAUCUCCCCAGUGCUCUAGACGAGAAGCAGCUCAUUGAAAAACUGUGAGUAUGAAGAGAAGUUAUUAGGCAGUGUUAUAGUACUCAAGUCGAGUCCCGAUUUUCAUGACUUGUGACUCGACUUAGACUCUACCAUUGGUGACUCGGACUCGCCUUCUCGUGACUUGUAUUUGCACUUGGACUGGAUGGGCUACUAUGUUACGCAGAAUAUUAGCAGCACUGGGUUACGCAGAGCAGCGAGUGUUCGGUUCUCUAGCAGUGGGAAGACGCCAAAUCCGGCAUACACAGCCUACAUCAGCUGGUGAGUUGCUGGGGAAGCAAGGAAUGAUUGUGGGCAGGCAGGCUCCGCUCCACCUCCGAUCAAAGGCUACACAAACGACUGUUUUGCUUCCCCGUCACCAGCCUACUGCUUUACGAAGUUGAAAACGGUAAUCGUAUUGAGUUUAACCAUUUACAUUUACAUCAUUUAGCAGACGCUCUUAUCCAGAGCGACUUACAAAUUGGUGCAUUCAACUUAUGAUAGCCAGUGGGACAACCACUUUUUAUUUUAUUUUUUAUGGUGGGGUGGGGGAGGGGAGGGGGGGUAGAAGGAUUACUUUAUACUAUCCCAGGUAUUCCUUAAAGAGGUAGGGUUUCAAGUGUCUCCAGAAGGUGGUUCAGUGACUCCGCUGCCCUGGCGUCAUGGGGGAGCUUGUUCCACCAUUGGGGUGCCAGAGCAGCAAAUAGCUUUGACUGGGCUGAGCGGGAACUGUGCUUCCGUAGAGGUAGGGGAGCUAGCAGGCCAGAGGUGGAUGAACGCAGUGCCCUUGUUUGGGUGUAGGGUCUGAUCAGAGCCUGAAGGUAAGGAGGUGCCGUUCCCCUCACAGCUCCGUAGUUACAUGUAACUAAAUGUAAUCGAAAAUGUAAUCUACGUCAUCCCCAAAAGUUAUUAUUUAUCAUGAGAGAGCCAUAAACAAUAACUAGUAAUGCUGCAUACUCAAAGAACGGUUAAAAUCUCACCUUUCUGGUAAAAAUAGUUAUAAAUUGCUGAGGUGCAGUCACUUUUGAGGACACAGCUCAAGUAUACAGUACAAAUACGAUAAAAAUGAAAUAUUUCAUGAUGUAUUUCCUAUUCAACAAAGCUGUUUAAGGCUCGAAAUGACUUUCUAAAUAUAGCAUAAUCAAAUUAUAAAAUGACUAUAUAUAGGAUGUCACCUUCCUUAUAACUGUAAAAUAUGUACAUAUUUGUAUGUUUAGUGUUCGAGAGAAUUUGCAUAUUUUCUAAAGGUCUCUCUUGAUCAAACGUCUGUCCCCAUCACUGUGAACAUCUCACAGAGCUCUAGCUUGGCUUCCUGAACUCGUUAGGAACUCACCUUUCAUCUCAUACUAAUCUCACCCGUCUAAGACAGUGUUUUAUGUUUCAAAUGUAUGAAUUAUUUUAGAUUAAUGGCUAUACAUUGAUCUCAGAAUGUGCUACCGUGAUGAAAGAACUCUUUCCUGCUGCACUACGAUGUAACGAUUGCAGGCAUGUGCUUUGUCCUUGGUUGUGAUGUAGGGUUCAGCCAGGAGUUGAUGGACAGUCGGAAGAGCGAAUUAAAUGGUAGGAGGGACAUCCCAGCUUCAAGUGGUUUCAGAUUUUACAUCCUACGUCACACAGGUUCAGCAAUAAUACUGUGUCUGUGGGAACCAGGACUAUUGCUCAAUGCAAGCAUUUUCGAUCUACGGUAUCCACAGAUCGAUUUAUAAUUGAAAAUGGCAGUCGGAACUGGUACCAGAACCAUGCAGGUCCCCUAAAAAGGGGACCAUACAUCUGAGGUUUUAAUAGUAAAACAACAGUCUAGCUAUUUUCUCUCUCUCUCUCCCCUUGAGUAUAGAAAAGUAGGCUGUCUUUGAAUUUGUCGUCUCGCUCUACCCUCCCACACUUCCCCCUGCAUCCCAUAGCCAGGUUCGGACAAGUCUCCCUUUAGUUUUCACUCUACAAUAAAAAAAACGACACAAAUAUCAGGGGGCGAUUUUACAAAAAAGUAGCUGAGAGCCUGACUUACCAUUAAUUUAUGUAAUAAAUAAGUAGUGAAACACAGGUAUUGAGUGUAGAACUUGUGAGGUAGUGAUGAAUAGUAAAUUAGUUGGGGUUUUUCAUGAGGGAGUGGCGAUAUACUGCCAGCUAGUGGCGACUAGAAACGAUUGCAUAAUAAGACCUAUUUAUAAAUUGAUGGACUCGUGAGUCGCCCAUUGGUGACUCGGACUUCAACCAUAGUGACUUGACUUGGACUCGAGUACAGGUGACUUGGGACUCGACUACGACACUGGUAUGAGGUGUUCCCUACCAUCAAACCUACAGCAGUAAUCACACAGCAUUUGACGCAUCUGAGCUGAGGUAGUUUAACAACUCUAAAUCCCACUUUUAAAGUUCAAUAAACUAAUUCUAACUGAACGAGUCCCUCUAUCAUUGUGCCUUGCCAUUGUGAGUUAGGGCCUGUAGUGGCUAGGUUCUAACAUUUCAAAAGGCCACAUUAGACGCUUUUACAAGGACUGGUUCCAACGCGUUUUCCCCAUUGAGAGACUUGAGAGUUUUGUUCUUGUUGCAAUUAAAAUGUAAUUUACUACUAACAAAAAAAAAAAGUCCAGGUUUGUCACACAGAUUCCAGUUGAUGAAUGGUAAGACAAAGCAAUAUAUUCUGGGUGUUCUAAACCAAUUCCAAGUGAUAUUGAUGAAUUAAAAUGAAUAUGAAUGAUAAAGUAAAUGGUUAAAACGGCUGGAAACUGUUUAUUUCCACAAGAGAUUAUGGCAAUAACUAGAUUUAGGCAUACAUUGUGCCUCCUAACUUUUAAACAAAAUAGCUUUUCAGUUUUCUUCCAUGCUGUGAUCUUGGAUGUGCUUAUUCACUUUAAGAUGAAUACCCUAAUAUGGUAGCAGGAGAAAUAUGUUCAUAUCACACACAAUUCCUUAUUAAAGUCACAUUUUCUAUUGUUAUUUUUUCUAAUCUAUAUACUUAUGACUUUAACUAUCUUGGAAGACAACAGUUACCAUUCUUGAACAUUACAUUUGCUUUUAUAAAGGGCUACUUUGCUGGAGUUUGGCUAUCUUAAUCUCACAUCAGAAAAGAGCUAAUGGUUUUAUUUUAGAGGAGGAGCAGUUAUGAUUUGAUGUUUUAGGCCUUUUUUUUUUAUAAGCGUCAUUCUUACUGAACCAUUGCCCUCGUUUUCCAUUGAGAAACACAGCAUUCUCUUUUCUUCUUCACUAGUACUGUACUGCUAUUAGAAAUGAUACAGGUUUUCAAAAGGAACCAGCUCCCUCUGCUAGCCAGUUCAACAGUUUCUAGCAGGUUAUAUCAGUUUUCUUUACUAUAAUAAUAAUAAUAAUAAUAAUGCCAUUUAGCAGACACUUUUAUCCAAAGCGAUUUACGGUCAUGUGUGCAUAAAUUUUUACGUAUGGGUGGUCCCGGGGAUCGAACCCACUACCCUGGCAUUACAAGCGCCAUGCUCUACCAAUUGAGCUACAAUUACUGCUUUCUUUCUGCAGGAACUUGGCAGCUAUUCAAGACAGAGAGAUUUGCUGCUACUCUGUUUCCUGCAAAGAGAAAGACAACAUAGGUGAGUAAGAUGGUGACAAAGGAGGAUGGCAGGUUUUGUUUGUGUCAGAGUGGAAGGCUGGAUGAGAGAGAACUAUAACAUAGUGCACUCAAAGUGGCUAUAUAAAAACCUUUGUGUCCCCUUUGUAUCACCAUCCAUGCUGAGCCACUACUGUAGGUGUCCGUUGUUUCACCCAUUCAUCUACUGUCUCUCACACUGACCCCCCCAUGCCUCUCCUGCCUUCCAGUUAUCACACUGCAGUGGCUCAUCCAACACUCAAAAUCUCGGAGAAGCUGAAAGUACAGGAACUGUGCCCUCCCAGCUCCAUCUGCCAUGUUACCCUCAUGCCACAUCCUGCUCACUCUGAUGUAUAGUUGUCCUUCCAACUCAGUUGCUGCACUGUGCCGCUUGUGCCCCCCUGUUGUUAUUAUCUCCCACAACCCCUCGUACUACUGCACUACUAAAAGAUGGUACCCUCUGAUCUAUACCAUAUUCCACGUCCCAUGAGUCACAGAAUCGGCAUUACACCUCCGCCACGGGGGGCUACUUCAGUCUCCUGAACAGAGAGAGAUUCAGUCUGCCUUCUGCAUUCUACGGGCUACAUGACAGACGUUUCCCAGGUCUGUAAGCCCAAUAGCCCAACCCUAUAAAACUAGUGCAGGGUAUGCUAUUGGGUCAUCCUAGACUCACAGGAUGGGUUGUUCAGCAACUCACUGGGGCCUCUAAUCAUGAUACAUGUUCUCCAGACAGUCAUGUAUGAAGCUAGAAGAAAGUACAUAGACAUAUGUUUAUAUACAUCAUUAGGACUUCCAGGUUCCCCUCAUGUUUCUGUCAUGUUCUACUGUAAGAUUGUAACUGUUUUAUGGCUAUUGCCAAAUCAAAAUGUUUGUUUUGAGGACAUUUCUAAUAUUAUAUAUAAGAUUUUUACUGACGUGAGCGUAUAUGAUUAUAUUUGAAAAGUUUGAAUGUACUGAAGGUAAAGCUAUAGUGGGUUGGUUGUGUGGUUAUCAGCCUUGUUUUGAAUUUGCCUCAGUGGAACGAUGUCCUCUGUGCUCUCAAUGAGCUGAGAGAGAGUGGCGGAAUUGAAAGUGCCUUGUGCAAUAUCUCUCAUCUCUGAAGCAAAGCAGCAUGCAAAGUGUGCCUAUCUUAGCAAUAAAAAAAGAACACCACUCGGAUAUAUUGCAGAAAUAAAAAGGCAUGCUUAUUAAUUCAGACAUUGUACUGUUAUGUGUUCGCACUCAAAUUGGGAUAUUUGCCGUGGCACACUUUUGAAAAUGAUAAAUAUUAAUGGCGUCAAUUAUUAUUAUUUUGUAAAUAUGUUUAAUCUGGGUGGAUAAGAAGGGUGAGCUGUGCUUAA